GCGUCACUGUAAUAAUGGAGGACUGUCUUUCCUACCCGGACUGAUGAUGUCUGUAUUUCUUCUCUACUACCUGUGACCUGAGAAAAAACAACUCGUCUACAUUUCAGCGUGUAGUUAAGGUUGAGCUAACAAUCUCACGACAAGAUGACCACAGACACGCCAGCCCAAAGCGUGGCCUCCAGGAUAAUGACGUUCACCCCCUCCAAAGAGGAGUUCAGGGACUUCAGCCGCUACAUUGCAUAUAUGGAGUCACAAGGAGCGCACAAAGCUGGAAUGGCAAAAGUUAUUCCACCUAAAGGCUGGAAACCUAGGCGGACAUAUGAUGACAUCGAUGACCUGGUGAUUCCUGCUCCAAUUCAGCAGGUGGUGACCGGCCAAUCAGGACUCUUCACGCAAUACAACAUCCAGAAGAAACCAAUGACCGUCCACGAGUUCCGCAAGACCUCCAACAUGGACAAGUUCUGCAAUCCCAGAUAUGCAGAUUUUGAUGAACUAGAGAGGAAGUUUUGGAAGAACCUGACCUUCAACCCACCCCUUUAUGGGGCUGAUGUCAGUGGAACGCUGUAUGAUCCAGAGGUGACUGAGUGGAACAUUGGCCGUCUCAACACCAUUCUGGACACUGUGGAGAAUGAGAGUGGGAUCAAGAUCAAAGGAGUCAACACGCCGUACCUGUAUUUCGGGAUGUGGAAGAGUGCCUUUGCGUGGCACACUGAGGACAUGGACCUCUACAGCAUCAACUACCUGCACUUUGGAGAGCCCAAGUCCUGGUAUGUUGUCCCACCAGAGCAUGGGAAAAGACUUGAACGACUUGCCAAAGGUUUCUUUCCAGGGAACGCUCAGAGCUGUGAAGCCUUCCUGCGCCACAAGAUGACUUUAAUUUCACCCUCCAUUCUGAAAAAAUACGGCAUACCAUUUGAGAAGGUCACUCAGGAGGCUGGGCAGUUCAUUGUGACGUUCCCAUUUGGCUAUCACGCCGGUUUCAACCAUGGCUUCAACUGUGCCGAGUCCACCAACUUUGCCACCCAGCGAUGGAUUGAUUAUGGCAAACAGGCAACACUGUGUUCGUGUCGUCAGGACAUGGUGAAGAUCUCCAUGGACGUGUUUGUGCGCAAGUUUCAGCCCGACCGUUAUAAGUUAUGGAAGGCAGGGAAAGACAACGCUCCUAUCGACCACAACAAACCCACACCAGAGGCUGCUGAGUUUCUGAAGGAAGACAAGACCGAGCCUGCAAAGGAAAGCCCCAACGAAGCCGGAUCUGAGGAACCCCCUGCUCCUGUCCAGGAGGACAAAAGUCCAAAGCCUCAGACUGGGACAAAGCGUCAGCUUGAAGCCGCUGAAGACGUCAAACCUGAGCUGAUCACGAAGGAGAAUGAGGAGGUGGAGACAAAGAAAGCCAAGCUGUCACGCAAGGAGUCUCCAGCUAAAGUCCCUGUCAAGCCAGAUAAAGACGCAGUCAACAUCAAGCUGGAUCCUAAAAAGGAGAAAGACACCAAGCCACAGCCUAAAUCUCAGUCCAAAGCCAGCACUAAGAGAACAAACCGACGAAGCCCGUCAAAAAAAGAGAAGAGCGGUGUAUCGGCUGCAGGUGUCUGUCCUCCUGAGCCUGUCGAGAGCCAGGUGGUGGCUCCCUGCUCUGAGGAGGCGGGCGGCAGCGUGGAGCCUCAGCUGGGCAGCAGCUGCAGCCCAGCGCACAAACUGUUCCAGAGGACGCUGAGCCCCGCAGACGUGCUGCACGUCCACAGCUACGCCAAAGGAGACUACGGAGAGGGAGAGGCCCUGACCAAGGAGGAGAAGAAGAGUGAGGGCAGCGACAAUGAGACGGAGAAAGACAACAGACUUGUUUGCAGAGCACAGGUGGCAGAAGAGGCGGCUGAAGAUGGAGAGCCAGAGAGUGAUCUCGGACAGCUGCCAGGCCACCAUCCACUCAUAAAGGAUGGCAUGAGUGAUGACGAGGCUCCAGAAGAGGCCCCCCCAGCAGAGGAGGGUGGUCUGGAGGGGGAGAGCUGGGCAAAACCUCUGGCUCACCUGUGGCAGAGCAGACCUCCCAACCUGAAGAAAGAAAGGGAGUACAACCAGCGCAUGGGUUCCAAACCUCCAUACUGCUCCAUCUGCGCGUUGUUCCACACAUACCAGCAGACUGAAUGUGCAAACAGCGUAGACAGUCCUGUCAUGGUGCCUGGUGGGCGGAUGCGGACCAAACCUCUGAUCCCAGAGAUGUGCUUCGCCACCACCACAGAAGAAGACUCGGAGUGUGAACAGCAGCCCGUGACACCUCAUCUAGAGGAAGAUGGAACCAGCCUCCUCAUCAGCUGCUCCCAGUGCAGCGUCCGGGUCCACACCAGCUGUUAUGGUGUGGAUCCAGCCAGUGUGAGCAAGGAGUGGAAAUGUGCACGCUGCAAGGCCAACGCUAUGACUGAGAACUGCUGCUUGUGUUCACUGAGAGGUGGAGCCUUGCAGAAAGCCAACAACAACAAGUGGGUACAUGUGCUGUGUGCAGUGGCUGUGCUGGAGGCACGCUUUGUCAACAUCACUGAAAGAAGUCCAGUGGAUUUAAGUGGGAUCCCUUUGCAGAGAUUUAAACUGAAAUGUUACUACUGUAAGAAGCGGAUGAAGAAGGCGUCUGGCUGCUGCGUGCAGUGCUCUCAUGGCCGCUGUCCCACUGCCUACCACCCCACCUGUGCACAGGCUGCCGGGGUACUCAUGCAGCCGGAUGAAUGGCCCUUUGUGGUCCAUGUUACCUGCUGUCGACACAAAGGCCCCACUCAGAUUGAGCGCAAUAAAGCAGCCAUGCACGAGCUGACUGUGGGACAGAAGGUGAUAUGCAAGCACAAGAACGGCCGCUACUACCAGUGUGAUGUGGUGCAGCUGUCUAAAGAAACCUUCUAUGAAGUCAACUUUGAUGAUGGUUCCUUCAGCGACAAUCUCUUCCCUGAAGACAUUGUGAACCGAGACUGUGCUCAGCUUGGACCCCCACCCCAGGGUGAAGUGGUUCAGGUGCGGUGGACAGACGGCCUGGUGUAUGGGGCCAAAUUCGUGGCAGCUCAUGUCAUCCAAAUGUAUCUGGUGGAAUUUGAGGACGGGUCGCAGCUAACAGCCAAGAGAGAUGAUGUCUACACUCUGGAUGAGGAACUCCCCAAGAGAGUCAAAUCCAGACUGUCUAAAGCCUCAGACAUGAGAUUUGAUGGGAUCUUUGAAGAGAAGGAGAUCAUCCAGGAGUCAAAGAGACAGAGAGUGAUCAACUCGCGUUACAGAGGGGACUACAUAGAGCCUGUGAUUUACAGAGCCAUCAUGGAGUAACCCUCACUCCCUGUCCGCUCACCCACACACCACCACCAGCACUGACAGACUGAACUGUGCUCACUGUUCCUUAACUUAGCAGCUAGCCGCUGAGAGAGUGUAGCUCCAGAUGACUUCCUUCAAGACCCGCUGUGGACUGUUCUCCUUUUCUUUUCUUUUUUUUUUUUUAACUGCUCAUUCAUCCACCUCUGUUCAGAGAAUUGUGUUUGCUUUGUUUGUUCGACUGUGAUUAAGGAAACAGCAGUAUUUUAUUUUUUUUUUUCCAUUGUUCCAUAGGACUCCAUGCACGGUGCAGUAAGCUGACAUACAGCCCCGGCAGUAUGUAACAGUAGGAAGCAAUAUACAAAUGGCAUGUGGCAUUUAAUAAAGUAACAUUUUGACAAUAAGGCACCAAUAAAACAAAAAAGAAAAAAAAGAAACACAAGGCAGGUGUUAAUCUUAAUGUCAACUGCUCUUUACAUUUCAAGGAAAACGCUGCCACUUAAAUGUUUACCUGAGUUUAAAGGAUAAUAUCAGGAUCAUUUUAUUCUUUCGUGCUGCCGUCAGUGCCUAUGAUAGAGAACCCGACAGGUAUCAGAGGUAAACGUUCUGAUUGAUUUGUACUCUCAGAAUUUGGAAAUAACUAAAUUGUGGCUGAAUGAAGGAUUAUUUUCUUCAUCAGUUAAUCUGCUAAUUAUUUCAUCACUUCAUUGACAAAUUGUUUUGUCAGUUAAUCAGAAAUGAGUGAAAACGCUCUUCAACUCACUUUUUAUUCAGUGCUGAAUAUAACUCAGAGAAAAGCAGAAAUCUUAGCAAAGCUGUAACUACCAAAUAUUUGGUAUGAAAUGAUCAAUGUUGAUUAUUUCUGUCAAUUGAUUAAUAGAUUCAUUGACUAAUUAUUUUAACUCUAAACAUGUUGUCCCUGAUACCUGUCAGGCUUCAGUCUGAGGAGUUCAUGUGAAUUUGAUUAAACACAGCGUUGUUUAGGAGCAUGAUGUUGUACUAUAUGAACUUAAUGUAAACAAAAAAACAGUUAAGGCCUUACAACGACAUGUUGACUUAGGGCCAUUCUACAGGGCAGGGCCCCGACAUGACAGAGUAACACAGGACCCUAUCAUGCUUUAGUGGAAUCUCUGACUAAUAGAAUCUCUGAUUAAUUUGCAAAUUACCAAAAAAACCACUAGACAUGUUUUUGGGGCCCCUGGUGGGAGGAGUGGGGGGGGGGGGGCGGGGGCUGGGGCUUCAGGAUUAUCACCCUCUUUGCCCAGUUGGUAAUUAGGCCUUCUGGACUGGCACUUCCAAAUUUAAGAUCCAAACUUGACUCAAGGCCCCAGAGCCAUUUUUUUUUUUUAAACUUCAUUUCAUACAUCACCCUCAUGUUGGCCACACCCCAUCUCUUUUGUGCUUCCCACUGAGCAGUGCUCAUCUGCUGGCAUCACACACUGACGUAGAUCUGCACAGUCAGAGAACAACAUUUGUCAGGGAGUCACAUUCAGAGAUCCUCAAACAAAACACAAGCUCCCAAUGUUAGCAUAAAAAAAAAAAGAGAAGUCCUGGAUGCAAGCUGAAAGGCCAGACCCACUAACGGUCUGAGUCAUCAGCUCCAUUUACUUACUGAAAAUCUCACUGAGAUUCUCACACACAUGAUGGAAACAUGUGUUUUGUUACCAUGGGUUGAUAAUGCCACUGUGGGAAUCCAUUGCUAUGGUUAGACUCUUUUCAGGCAUAAAUCAGAAAACUAAAUUGCACUGGUAUUAUCCUUUAGUUAAAGGAAUACUUCACCCAAAAGGUUUGCAUGAGUAAGCUGCUUGUCCAUAGACUGGAAUGAUGCACGGAGUGUUUGUGCUUCAUGAAAAAGCAAACGUGGCAGCCAUUACUUCAAAACAAGGAAGUUACAGGUCGAUUAUUUUUCAUAGCAAACACACACCAAAAGAAAAAAAAAAAAACACCUCAAAGUACUGGGUAUGGCUUGAACAUUUUUCUAUACUACAGCAGGUACAAUGGCAAAGGUUUUUUUUUUUAAUUAAUUUGUAGUUUUUAGAAUUUCAAUUUUUUAAGAUUUUUGCAGAUUUGUGUCCUUUUUUUUUUACAUGAAACAUAAGAAUCAAAAGUUCUUAAAUAUUUUCUAAACACAAGUAGCAGAACUUGAACAUAGCCUAAAGUACAUCUUCUAAAAUUGGCAAAAAUUUCAACUGGAAUCAGGAACAGCCUGAUCAGAGAGUAAGUUACUACCCAGUGCUACAGACACAUACUCUCCACUUACUUGGCUUUUCUCUGGGCUUUCAGCUGCAGUUUUGAAGCUCUGGAAAAACGAGUGGCUUUUGAGUUGAGAUUAUUCUGUGAAACACACAAUGUGUUACUUGGAAAAGUGCGACGGAAAGAUGUGUGCUGAGCAGAAAUGGAGGCUUUGCAGGGUAAAAUACUGAGCAAUUUAAAAGUUUCAAGACUUUUUUACCGAAGUUUUUAAAUGUUGUUUUGCUCUUCUGGUUAAGAGAACCUCCCCACGACUUCAGCAUGUCAAGAGACUUCUCACACAUUUCCCAUCACACAUUCCAGACUACGUGGUUGUAACAAAGAGAUUACAAAAGGGACAGCAUAUGGAUGAAGUAUUUCUUUAAGUGGGAGCAAUGCCAUUUAAUCCACUGAUUAUGCCUCCUCUUUAACUGUAACUAUUAACUGCAUUCCUUUUUACUUUUCACUCAGUAGAACUGAACAUAGCUUUCACACGUUGACUUGUUUUUACCAGCCUAUUUAUUAAGGUGCUUUAAGAAAGUAGCCUCUGCAUUACUGAGUUUGCAGUAAUACUGCGGAGGCUGAGGUUGAUGAUGUAUGUUCUAUUUUUUCUACAGUAUAUAGAUGAAUUUUAAAGAAUCCAUUCAGAUUUUUAAUGCGCUUUGUCUACCCAGGUGUUUCCUCACUCUUCUACUGAAAGUUGUGCAUUGCACUUUUUGUUUCAUUUUUCUUUUUUUCUUUUUUAAGUCCAGUUUGCGAGGACAUUUGAAUAGUUGUGUGCUGCCAGUGCUAAUUUGUUACAAAUCUGUUUUAGAAUGUUAAUUGUACAUUUAUAAAAAAAAAAAAUGUCUUACAGAUUGUGCGCCCCUCCCUCUCGGCCAAGCUCAUUUGAUCACA